AGGCACCAUGGCUGCGGCCACUACCUACGGGUCAACGAUGACAAGUGACGAACUUGGCCACUCGUCCUCCCAGGUGCCACGACUGAGGUCUACAGCAGGAAGCCCAUCAGCACCUUCCGGUGACUCUGGCAGUAAAAGACAGUCUGGACAAACUUCAACAGUAACGAAUUACCUCUCCGCAGAUUCCAAUAACGCUGAUCAAUGUACAGACACAGGCGUACAGCUGAAGAAGGUCUUGGGGCUCGGGCACGGAGUGGGCUUGAUCGUGGGCAUAAUUAUCGGAGCUGGCAUCUUCGUGUCCCCUACGAUGGUGGUGCAGUAUACUGGCAGCGUGGGUAUGUCGCUGACAGUGUGGGUGGCCACGGGCAUCAUGUCCAUGAUGGGCGCCUUCAGCUAUGCUGAGCUCGGCACAAUGAUCCCGAAGAACGGUGGUAACUACAUAUACGUGCUGGAGAUGUUUGGACCCGUGCCAGCGUUCCUCGUACUAUGGAUCACUAACAUCAUGACAGAGCCCAGCGGCUCCGCCAUCGUCGCCCUCACCUUCGCCAAUUAUGCCUUACAGCCUCUCUUCCCGAGCUGCUCACCGCCAUAUUUUGCCACCAGACUCGUAGCUGCGGCUUUGAUUUGUAUAAUGGCGUAUAUAAACUGCCUCGGGGUAAAGUUAGGUGCCAGAAUUCAGGGCGUCUUAACCCAGACGAAAGUGUUGGCGCUGAUCGUCAUCAUCGUGGCCGGAGUACACCACCUGGCUAUUGGUAACACCGACCACUUCCGCAACCCCAUGGAAGGAACCAUCUGGGACGUGUAUUCCAUCGCCACCGCCUUCUACUACACCCUCUUCACUUACGGUGGAUGGCACACACUCAACUCCGUGACGGAGGAGCUGAAGGAACCAAACAAGAACCUGCCACGAGCCAUAGCCAUCUCCCUCACCCUAGUGACUCUGAUAUACGUGCUGACCAACGUCGCCUACUUCGCUGUAUUGACACCUGCUGAGAUGCUGUCUUCCAGUGCUGUGGCUGUGACGCCCGAACACAUCCCAAAACGCCCGAACACAUCCCCAGACGCCCAAACACAUCCCCAGACGCCCAAACACAUCCCCAGACGCCCGAACACAUCCCCAGAUACCUGA